ACAAUGACGACAUUGAACUUCUGUACGUUUUACUGAACUAUAUUUUUAUGGAGCCUAAUUGACGUAAAGAUAGAAGAAAAAAAAGCCGGCUAGAGGGAUUUCUAGCCCGCACCGAGAAAAGAGCACGACAAAGAUAUUUUUGCCCGUUUGAUUCAACACUUACGGUAAAAAUGGCAGCCUCCUGGUCAUCUAGCUAGAACGUUCUAGCGCAUUCACGUGUUUACGUUCACAGGCGGAGAAAACUAGCGUGUCAGUCGAUAUAAAAAGCAGUUCGUCCAUUCACUUUACUCAGUUAUCAAAGCUGUAUCCAUCAUGACAGAAGACAGGCAGAACAGGAGAUAUCCACACAACCUGCAGGGAGUCCUGCAGCUGGCGGUAGAGGCUGGAUCAGCUGCAGAGGGACCUGCUCCUGCUCAACCCAUGACAGAGGAGAGGAAGACAUGGCUAAGAGAAGCUCUUGCAGAUGUUUGCAAAGGGCAGAUGGAUGAAGUGGAGCAGAUGAAGCAGUGCUUGGCAGUUCUGCGCAAAGAGGAAACGGGUGAAAGUGAGAUGGACGAAGAGCAAGAAGAGGAUGAGCGGGAACUGGCCUUUGAGACGCUGUCAGAGUUGUGCGAGAACCUGGACAAUGCCAGAGACCUGAUGACCCUAGGAGGACUAGAUUUGUGCGUCUCUCAGUAUUUGUGUCAUGUCCAGAGUGGACUGAGGUGGCGUGCUGCAGAGCUGAUAGCUUCCUGUGCUCAGAACAUGCCACAGGUGCAGGUCCACCUGCUUGGCAUUGGGGUGCUACCAAAGCUGCUGCAGCUGACAGACUCAGACCCUCACCCCACCGUCAGAAUAAAAGCCCUUUACGCUGUAUCAUGUCUAGUCCGAGAACAGGAGGCAGGACUCAAGGCGUUCUUGUCUCAUGAUGGUUUCUCAGUGCUAAUGCGAGGCAUGCAGUCGGAGAGCGAGAAGCUCAGGACCAAGUCAGCUUUCCUUCUGCUCAACCUGCUGACAUCACAUUCUGAACAGAAAGACACCGUCAUCUCCAUGGGUAUGGUGCAGCAGCUGGUUUCUGUUCUCCGCUCGCCACAUUCACCUUUUCAUGAGCACGUACUUGGUGCCCUUUGUUGUCUGGUAGAGAAUUGUCCACAGGGGCUUACAGACUGCAAGAAUCCUGCUCUAGGUCUGGAGGAGCUGCUCAGACAGCGAGUCAAAGAGCUUCAAGGAAAGGAGGAAAGUCAGGAAGAACUGGACUUCUGCAAGCGAUUGAGGACUAAGUGCUUUCAAGGGCAGCAGUCGGAUGACAAUGGGAUGGAUCGCUGAAAUGUUUUUGGUUUUUUUUGUACAUCUCUUGUCCUGGUAUUGGUGUGCAGAACAUUUUAAUGAUCAGAAUCAUAGAUGUGAAGCAACAAUCAUGUCUAAAUUUUGCAUGUAGUCCAGGAGCUGGAUUUUACUAUGUAAAUAACCGAUGUGUAAAAUAUUGUUUUCAUAAAUAUAACAUCAAACAUC